UGAAGCGAACCUGCUGCAAAAAGGCCCACGAGCGCUGCUGAACACCUGUAGUCCCGAGUCGCUUCGAACGAGUCAUUCUGUCCUGCAGCACGCGCCGCAUUUCAACGGAGCCCACGGGCUGGGGUGACGUCACACGUCGCCUAGCGACUUGCUUUGUAAAGAUGACGCUGGCGGAGAAGCUAGCCGAUGGCUAACGUUUAAACUGGUUUAAGCGGCGCUAGACAGCCGAGAGCUGAACAAGUCCGCUCUGGCUAACCUGGUUUGAUCGGAGCAUAACACGUAUUUCUUUAUUCGCCAUCAUCAGUGGACCUGAGAGGUCUCGCGGGUGAACGCGAUGAUUCCUGCGGCGGUCUGAUGGGGCUUUCAAGGAGCGCGAUGCCGGCCAAGGUGCAGCUUUUGGCUGUUAUGACAUUUGCUCUGGCGAUGCUCUUUAUUGAGAACCAGAUCCAGAGGCUGGAGGAGUCGAGAGCCAAACUCGAACUGACCAUCGCCAGGCACGAGGUGGCAGAGGUGGAGCAGCGUCACAGCGAGGAUGCUGGCCGGGAAUCGGGGCCGCGGGCGGAGAGAGACGACGCGGUCGUCAUCUACAACAGAGUGCCCAAGACGGCCAGCACGUCCUUCACCAACAUCGCCUACGACCUGUGCGGGAAGAAUGGCUUCCACGUUCUGCACAUCAACACGACCAAAAACAAUCCCGUCAUGUCUCUGCAAGACCAGGUGCGCUUUGUCAGGAACGUCACCUCGUGGAGGGAGAUGAAGCCCGCCUUCUACCACGGCCAUGUAGCUUAUCUGGACUUCUCAAAAUACGGGGCCGCGGGGAAGCCCAUGUACAUCAAUGUGGUGCGGGACCCAAUAGAGCGCCUGGUGUCGUACUACUACUUCUUACGCUUUGGAGACGACUACAGACCCGCCCUACGGCGACGGAAACAAGGGGACAAAAAGACCUUCGAUGAGUGCGUGUCAUCGGGCGGGCCCGACUGCGCCCCCGAUAAACUCUGGCUCCAGAUCCCCUUUUUCUGCGGCCACCAUCCAGAGUGCUGGGCCGCCGGCAGCAGAUGGGCCCUGCAGCAGGCCAAGUUCAACCUGGUGAACGAGUACCUGCUCGUCGGCGUCACCGAGGAGCUGGAGGACUUCGUCAUGAUCCUGGAGGCGGCGCUGCCGCGCUUCUUCAGAGGCGCCACGGAGCUCUACAGAACAGGAAAGAAGUCCCAUCUGCGGAAGACCACGGACAAAAAGCCCCCCACCAAAGAGACAAUUACCAAGCUGCAGCAGUCCGACAUCUGGAAAAUAGAGAAUGAGUUUUACGAGUUUGCACUCGAACAGUUUCAGUUUGCGCGCGCCCACGCCGUCAGGGAACGAGACGGAGAGCUUUAUGUCCUGGCCCAGAGCUUCUUCUAUGAGAAGAUCUACCCCAAAGCCAACUAAGACCGGCGAGCCAAGGAAGAAAGACCGUGAGGACGUCCAUCGAGUGGGGCGUGUGAGUGCGUUCUCCAGUUCUCAGGCUGCACAGUGGACUCCAUCGAGACUGUCUCACCUUUUUCUUUUCACUGAGAAGAGAACUUAACAUGCGUAUAAACAGUCGGCCCGAGCGGCGAGAAGGAAUUUCGGACCUGGAUCAGGGUGAAGCGGGGGGGGAGGG